UGAUUUUGAAUAUCGUGGGGUCAUCGAACACGAAUCCACGUUGAAAACUACGACUCCCAUAAUGCACUUGUGACAGCAACCGGAAGUGUAUGCGAGACCACGAGCUGUUGUGUUUGAAAAUCAUGCGCUUGGAGCAGACAGGACAUUGCUGCUCUCAUGUAUCCAACACCCUUGUAUGCUCCGGCCGGCCACGGCUCUUUUUCAGACGUGUACGAACCCGCCGAAGAUUCAUUCCUCCUGAUGGAUGCUCUGGAGAAAGAUGCUGAUCAGCUGAAGGGUAGCAGGCCAUCCGUGUGUCUGGAGGUGGGCAGUGGGUCUGGUGUCAUCUCGGCCUUCCUUGCAUCUGUGGUCGGGCCUGAAGCCUUGUAUCUCUGCACUGAUGUGAAUCCAGCAGCGGCACACUGCACACUGCAGACAGCUCACUGUAAUGACCUGCAGCUGCAGCCAGUGAUAACCGACCUGGUCCAGUGUUUUUUGCCGAGGUUGAAUGGAAAAGUGGACGUGCUUCUUUUCAAUCCACCAUACGUCAUCACACCAUCAGAAGAGGUAGGCAGUCGUGGGAUCGAGGCAUCGUGGGCUGGCGGGAUCCGUGGCAGAGAGGUGAUGGACCGAUUCUUUCCCAUGAUUCCACAGCUGCUGUCUGAUCAUGGCCUUUUUUAUCUGGUGACCGUGUCAGAGAAUGAUCCAGAAGAGAUUGUGGAUUUGUUGGGGAAAUCAGGACUGAAUGGACACAAGUGUUUGUCACGUCAGGCUGGACGAGAGAGACUUUCUAUACUGCGAUUCAGUAAGUCCUGAAUAGCAGAUGACCAUCUGCACAUGAAGACUGUGAAACACACGUGAUGUCCAGCUGUUUCCCAUCCCAAGGGUUUCUGAGUUUACAAGUAUUAUUAUAAAAAUCAAGCUGAUGUUUUGAGGUUCGUCCCGCUGCUGAACCAUCAGUAAUUCAGGCUGCGUUUGUUUCCAUAAAGUCUGCUGAAGCUCAACAACUGGGUCACAAGGAUCGACGGCACGAGUCCAUCAGCUGAGCCGUUUAUCAUGUUGAUCGUGUCAGAUUCCCGCUGCUUCUGUUUUAUUCCAUCAGUUACACUCUGACUGGCUGUUUUUAGCAGUGUGUGUUCACUAUGGAGUGUUAAACGCUGUUACUAAACUGCACUGAAAACCAGAGUGUCAGAAUACCACCGUCAUUAAUCACAAUAUUAAAGAUGACUUUUUUUUUUUAA